AUGAGCGACUCGAAGGUUUACUACCCCCCCGAGGGUCUUGCUAAUGAGAGAUAUAUUAGUUCGAUAGAUACAUAUAAUGAAUGGUAUAGAAAAUCCAUUAAACAGCCAGCUGAAUUUUGGACGAACAUAUCUUCACAGUUUCAUUGGGAGGUCAAGCCUAGAGCCGAAAAUGCACUUUCCUACAACUUUGACCUAAAGAAAGGGCAUAUAUUUAUUCGUUGGUUUUCCGAUGGAAAGACUAAUUUGUGCUAUAACUGCCUUGAUCGGCAUGUAAAAAAUGGGUUGGGAUCGAAGGUUGCUUUUUUGUGGGAAGGCAAUGAUCCAAAUGACAGGAAAACAAUCACAUAUCAGGAAUUGCUAACAGAGGUUAUUGCUUUCGGUUCUACUCUUCGACGGAUGGGUGUCAGUAAGGGUGAUCGUGUAGCUAUCUACAUGCCGAUGGUUAUUGAACAAGUUAUCGCCGUUCUGGCUUGUGCACGCAUCGGUGCGAUUCAUUCUGUCGUGUUUGCCGGCUUCUCGGCAGAAUCCUUAUCAGAACGCCUGAUGGCUGCAGGAUCUCGUGUGUUAGUUACUUGUGAUGGAGCUUGGCGUGGGACAAAACUUAUCGAUUUGAUGAAGGUUGCCAACGAGGCGAUGGAUAUAUGUGAAUCAAAGUCUCGCCCACUUGAACAUUGUAUUGUUUUGCGCCACUUAACGCCGGAGAAAAGAGUUGGCGCACCCGUACCCGUUUCCGAUUGUCCUGGUAUUCGUCCGGUUCAAAACUUCUCCAUCCGCAUGCGUGCAGAUCGUGACGUUUGGUGGGAUGAGGCAGUUCCUCCCGUUGAAACCGAAUGUCCAGUUGAGUGGAUGGAUGCGGAAGAUGAACUCUUCAUCCUUUAUUCUAGUGGGAGCACUGGUCGACCCAAGGGCCUCCUGCACACCACCGGCGGCUACAUGGUGUACGCAGCAACGACUGCGAAGUAUGUAUUUGACCUCCAUCCCGACGAUGUGUACUGGUGCACUGCAGACAUUGGAUGGAUCACUGGUCACAGCUAUCUCAUCUACGGUCCUCUCCUGAAUGGGGUGACGAGUGUGAUUUUCGAAGGACUCCCCAACUGGCCAGACUACGGCCGUUACUGGUCCAUAGUGGAGCGGUAUCGUGUUACCAAGUUCUACACCGCACCCACCGUCAUCCGCAUGCUCAUCGGAGCGGGUGAGGAGCAUGUUAAAAAGUACGAUCGGUCCAGUCUCAAAAUUCUUGGCUCCGUGGGAGAGCCAAUCAACCCCUCGGCAUGGAAGUGGUACUACGAGGUGGUGGGCGAUAGUCGCUGCGCCAUUGUGGACACCUUCUGGCAGACGGAGACCGGCGGUCAUAUGAUUACAACGCUGCCUGGCGCAAUGCCCAUGCAACCCAGUUGCGCGGGUCGGCCCUUCUUUGGGGUGGAUGCCCGCAUCAUCAAAAAUGAGUUUGACACCGGUGGCAAAGCCGGUGUUAUGAAAGAUCUAUCUGAUGAUAAGUGUGUGGAGGAAGGUUGUCUCGUGUUUGCUGCCCCAUGGCCAGGCAUCGCACGCACCAUCUACGGUGACCACAAGCGGUUCGAAGAUGUUUACUUCAAACGCUUUCCUGGCUACUUCAUGAGUGGUGACGGAGCUGUUUUGGACUCAGAAAAUAACUUCUGGAUUACAGGACGUAUGGACGAUAUGCUGAAUAUGAGCGGUCACCUUCUGAGCACGGUUGAGGUCGAAUCCGCUCUGGUUUCGCAUCCUUUGGUAGCUGAGGCAGCAGCCGUUGCAAGACACCACAAAGUGAAGGGCGAGUGUCUCCACUGUUUCGUUACAUUAAAAGACUGUGUUCCUCAAAUAAUUACUCCUGAACUGCGCCAAGAACUCGUCAAUCUUGUGAGAGCAAAGAUUGCUCCCUUUGCUGCGCCGGAUUACAUUCAGGCUGCUCCGGUCCUACCUAAGACCCGCAGUGGUAAGAUUAUUCGCCGAAUUCUACGCAAGAUUGCCAAUGGAGAUCGCGAAUUCGGUGACACUUCAACACUGGCCGACCCGAGCUGUCUCGACUACCUUUGUGCAGAAGUCGAAAAAACGCGCUAG